AAUUCAUCUAUACCAAUCUAAAAUCAAGAACAAUAGGAAUUUCUCAGUUUUUUUUCUCAAAUGGCAAACGCAAGCGAUGAGUUUAGGCUAGUAUCGCCAAGCAUAAAUCAUGAAGGAAAAUUACCAAGAAAGUACACGGAUGAAGGGCAAGGUGCUCAAAGGAGAAUGUCACCACCUUUAGAAUGGUAUAAUUUACCAGAAGGGACAAAAAGUUUGUCACUUGUGGUUCAAGAUAUUGAUGCACCUGACCCAAAUGGACCUAUUGUGCCAUGGGUUAUUUGGGUUGUGACUAAUAUUCCACCAACUUUAAAAGGUUUGCCUGAAGGAUUUUCUGGUAAAGGAGAGGAAUUAGGUGGAGAUUAUGCUCAUGUUAAAGAAGGGAAUAAUGAUGAAAAAGUUCCUGGAUGGCGUGGACCUAAGUUGGAAAAUCAUGGUCAUAGAUUUGAGUUUAAGCUUUUUGCUUUGGAUGAUGAGCUCCAUCUUGGUAACAAGGUGACAAAGGAUAAAUUGCUGGAAGCUGUUGAGGGUCAUAUUCUUGGAGAAGCUGUUUUGAUUGCCAUUAACUGAGAUAUUAGCAGUUACUAAUUUCCAGAUGUUCAGUAUUUUCAUGACUUUGUGGCAUGAACUUGAACUAGCUAGUGUAAUAAACAAUUUGUGUUGUGCGGUUUUAAUGUGAAGAUGCAUUUCAGUUCUGGUGUUG